AUGGACGGCUUGAAGAAAUCUGAACAUGCCGUGCAGGACGACGUCGACCUCGAGGGUCCAACGGUCCACGAUAAUGACCUUGCUGUUGCUGACCUUUCCUUCAAGGACCAGCUAAUGGCAGCAAAGCACCACAGACGCGCUGUCCUAGCCGCCUUCGCCUGUUCGACCACGCCUAUCCUCAUCGGCUACGACCUGACGCUGGUCGGUUCCAUCAUCGCCAAUACGCAGUUCAUCCGCCAGUUCGGUGUCUACGAUCAGGCCUCGCAGGCCUGGUCGCUUCCCGCAGACCAUCAGCUCGUGUGGUCGAUUGUGCAGUACGUGACUGCCAUGGUAGUGGCCAUCGUCUCGGGGUCGCUCAAUGACACAUUUGGUCGGCGCGUGUGCUUCCUGCUCACUGUUGGACUCGCGGUUGUUGGCACCUUCGUCGAGUUAUUCUCUACGAACUGGAAAGUCUGGAUAGUAGCCAAACUCUUCAUGGGCGCCACCAUGGGAUCCAUGCAAGCAAACACGCAAACAUUCGUCUCGGAGAUCACCCCGACCGCAAUCCGUGGCCUGACGCUCUCGCUGUUCCAGUUCUGGAUCAUCGUCGGCCAGCUCAUUGCGUCGUGUGUCCUUGAAGGAACAAGCCACCUCGGCAACUCGUGGUCCUGGCGCGGAGCCGUCGUCUCGCAGUUUGGCCCUGCCCUUUUCUGCCUUGCUAUGUUCUUCGCCUUUGUCCCUGAAUCGCCGUACUACCUUGUCUCGCAAAGCAAAAUAGCCGAUGCCCGCGCAUCCCUCGCACGGUUACGACCCAGGAACACCGAUAUCAAUACCCUGGAGGAAGAAGUACGCGAAAUGCAGGCGACGCUCGAGCACGAGAGCCAGCUCCGCGCCGCUGCCUCAUCGAUCUCCUACUUGGAGUGCUUCCAGGGGACGAACCUACGCCGCACACUCCUCGCGUGCCUGCCCGUCGUAAUGCAGAUCCUCACGGGCUACCCGCUGUGCGGAAAUUACCUCUCGUACUUCCUCACGCUCUCGGGGAUUCACAACGCUUUUCUAAUCACGAUGAUCUCGACGAUCGUCUCGCUCCUCGCCGCGCUCGCGGCCUUCAUCCUAAUCGAGCGCGUCGGCCGACGACCGCAGAUGCUCACAGGCUGCUACGGAAUGCUCGCAUGCCUGCUCGUAAUCUCAAUUCUGGGCUUCGAAGGCCUUGGUCAAGGCUGGAACUACCGCGCGCUCGCAGCGUUCUGCAUCAUCUGGGCCUUGUUCUACUUCUCGUCUGUCGGUGCCGUCGGGUGGGCAAUUGUGGGCGAAAUUUCGUCCUCGCGGCUGCGUGCUAAGACGACUUCGCUGGCGGCGCUUUCGAGCUCGCUAUUUAAUAUGGCCUGGUCAAUUGCGAUUCCAUAUCUGGUUAAUAAGGAAGAUGCGAACCUUGGUGCGAAGUCGGGCUUGAUAUUCCUGGGCAUGGGGUUUGUCUGUACAGGGAUUUGCUUCUUUGCUUUACCGGAGACUAAGGGGAGGUCCUUUGGCGCCCUGGAUGCGUUGUUUGAGGCGAGGACGCCGGCGAGGAAGUUUUGA